CCUGCCACUCACCAGAGACUGAUGCCAGAAAGUUUCCACAGCUAUUUCUGCCCGGAGACACUUGAGGAAAGGCUCAGACUCUGUGAAUGGCUGUAAACUCGGUGGAAUUUAUUGUACUUGCUGGGGACCAUGCAGAUAACAGGAGGAAUCCAGCCUCAUCUCCAGCCUGCGGGAACUGUAGUUUUGCUCUGAAAGUGUUUCUCUUGAGUGUGGCGAUACGUUGUUUGUUGUGAGCAUCCGUCCGUGAGAGUAAAUCAUGGCCAGCAUGGCGGUUCAACUCCUUGGCUUCUUCUUGGGGCUGUUGGGGUUUGGAGGAACUGUAGUUGCAACUCUGCUCCCCCACUGGCGCUGCACAGCCUAUUUGGGCUCCAACAUCAUCACAGCCACCGCCUACAUGAAGGGCCUGUGGAUGGAGUGUAUAUGGCACAGCACUGGCAUUUACCAAUGUGAGAUGUACAGAUCUCUACUGGCACUGCCGCGCGACCUGCAGGCUGCCCGGGCACUCAUGGUGCUCUCCUGCGUCACCUCAGUCUUGGCAUCUGUGGCUUCUGUGAUGGGGAUGAAGUGUACCCGUUUUGCCCGCGGCUCGUUGAUCAAGUCUCCCCUGGCACUGAGUGGGGCGAUUUGUUUCCUCUGUGCCGGCCUGCUCUGCCUGGUCACCGUGUCCUGGACCACCAACGAUGUCAUCAUGGACUUCUACGACCCUUUCCUUCCCAGCGGGAUGAAGUACGAGAUCGGCCUGGCUGUGUAUCUCGGCUACGCCUCGGCCUGCCUCAGCCUGACUGGAGGACUGGUGUUGUGCUGGAGCAGCAGUGGCGACAGGUCACAGAGCCGCCCCCGUAUGCAGAGGAAUCAACCAUUAUCACCUCCCCCCGCCUUCAACAACAUAUAUCCUCCUGCUCCACUGUACAAGCCCCCCGAGGCCCUGAAGGACAAUCACGCGCCCUCGCUUUGCUCCCUCUCUAGCAGUGGCUAUAGGCUCAAUAACUACGUUUAAGACUGAAGGAAAUACUGACACGAUAACUACAAAGCCACAGUACAACAGUCAAUUGAACGCUUCAUAAACUUAAUCUUUAAUAUCUUUACAGGUGUUUUUGACUCCUUCAUACCUAUAAAACAAGUGUGAAAAAGACCAGUAUGUUCAUGGCCGCUGCAGCACAGACUCAGCCUUGGUACAUGGGGUGCCACAACACCAUGUUUGACAAAAAAAAACAGAAGCUCGAUGCUUACUCUAACUUUAACAUGAUCAAAUCAGAGACCCCAACGAAACUCUGAACCACAGUGUGUGUGAGAGACAGACCAGAAACCUGUUGACCUGCUGCUGUGCUCCUGAAGGACCAGAAGGUGGCAGUAUUUUACAGGCAAUAGUCACAGAAGAGACUACAGACAUAAAUCAGAUUCCACAUUCUGUGCUGUUAAUGGGUCAGCCAUUGUUCUGUCACUUCCUUCUUGUAGCCUACUUUCUUGUUGAGAUUAAUUCCAAAGCUAGUUAAUUUAUAAUAAUGCAGUACCUGUCAGACUUAUGGUUGUGGUUACCUUCUGUUAUCCCCGGCAGACAUUGCUACUAUUAUUUUCUGUUCUUGUGUUUUGUUUUGUCUGCCUCUAUGUAUGUGAAGCGUCCUUGGGUCUCUUGAAAGGCGCAACAAAAAUGCAAGUUAUUAUCAUUUUUAAUCAUUAUUAUUAUUAUUAUUUUAAAGGACAUGGAUUGGUAUUGUUUCAGUUUUCAGUCUUUUUAUGCCAAAGAGAAUAAAAAACAAUGCAUAUUUGAUUUAGUUAUUACUAUAUUUUUUCCAUAAGAAUAACACAGCUGUAAUUAAUCACAUUAAUUAAUAGCUGUGUUCCUUUUCAUGCAUCAUUGGGAUACUUAAAUGGAACAUAGCCAUUGUUAACACUAUUAGUUCCCACUGAUUUUCCUGAUAUGACAAGUGAAAAACGUCUGCUGUGACAAAGGCCGGGUGACAUAUUGACACGUUUUGGCCUAAAAUCCAGUGUUGAUUAUUUAUAGUUUAACCCUCAGGACAGAUGAGCACCAGAUCUAACAGCUGAACUCUGUCCAACUUUAAUCUUCAUGUACAUUUAGAUAUAUAUUGUUCCUGAUUCACUCAUAAAGGCCCCUGUGACGAUUUGAGUAAAGCUUAAGAAAGCCACUGGAUGGCGACAGAGGUCUUUUGAGAGUUCAACCUACAGCCUUCAGUUAGAAAAUCCUUUCUAUUCAAUCAGACUCCAUCAUUUAUUAGAUAUAGUAUAGGCUCCCAGUUGAAUGUUGAUGACUUUUCAUGGAUGGCACAAACUAGAGAGUCUAGUUCACCAUAUAUGUGAAAUGAAUUAUCAUUUGUUGCUGCUGAGUAAGACAUUAUUUAUGACUCAUUUUGUGAGGCUGCCUGCCUCUAAAACUACCUCUAACACUGUGGAAGUGUUCUUGAGGCUUUAUUUGUUAGAAAAACCUUCCAAUUAGAGCUGCCCUCUGUCUGGCACCCUGUCAGCCACACAGACUCUAAAUUAGAGGACGUGUCACAAUUCAAGAAAGUCACUUAUCUUCUUUCCCCGCAGUCAGACUAGUCAACAUCUCUGUUAUGCCAAGGAGCUCAUUUAUAUUGCUGGUAAAGCCACAAAAAAAUAUAUAUUUAGUUUAGAAUUCAGUAAAGGGAAAUGUUGAGUUGAAGGUAUAAGGAGAAAGAAAAGGCUUCACAGCAAAGCAAAUUAUAAUGAAUGUAAAAUGUUUCUGUUGUGGGCACUUUCACAUUUCAGCACCAUGGACAGCGGUCUGAAUGCUCAUCCUCUAUCUCACUGGAUUUGAAGUUAACACACUGGAUUCGGUAACGUGACUUAAAGUGGACUAAAAGUGACCCAACAGAAUCUCCUGUGAAUUGCCAUUGAUUCGUCCCACUGUUGGGAGGGGGGACUGGUGCCUGCAUGUUUUCAAGUACCCUCUUGGAUGCUGCUAUGGUAGCUAAAACAUAAUAAAGAGUCCUCUAUGGAGCCCUUUCAGUGGAGAAAAUU